UGCCGGAUGCUGGCAAUCUGCUCACUGUGGGCAGUGGCGACGUGUCUUUCCUACUUCACAACCCAAACUACCAGCUGUAUGUUCGGAAGUGCUAUCCGGACCUCUUCUAUGCCCUCUACGAGUCGACAAGCAAGAAGCAUGUCGUUACCGGGACGCCUGGGAUUGGAAAGAGCUACUUCUUUUAUUACAUGCUGUUGCGGCUGCUGCACAGCCCAUCGCCACCGCCCUUCAUCCUUUGGGAGCACUACGGAUUUCCUGGUGUAAUGUGGUGCUACAUGCAUGAGACAGGCCAGGUCCAGUAUUCCAGCAAUGGCCGUGUGGCUUUCUUGGAGGCGUUCCGCAAUCCCGAGACCUGGUGGGUUCUAGCUGCACAGUGCAGCACACUGAUAGUGUGCUACAGGGUGCCAUACAUACAUACCCCCGUCCAGGACAUCCAGGACAUCCCAGCCAUUUCCUUUGGCCUUGCUUUUGGUAGGGGAAUGGUUGGGAUUUACUUAAUAGCCUUUGCCCUAGCUGGGUUUUGUUCAGUUGGGACUUGA